AUGCAGGCGCUUCCACAUGGCCGUAUCCAGUCAUUGCCACAAGUCUCAACAUCAUCAACUCCUCGGUCUGUGUCGGAAUUCUCAGUGUCAAGUGGCGACUCUGGCCCACCACAAAGGACGCUUCCAGCUCAUGUUCACGAAGCUCUAGACAAAUAUGGUUUCACGGCAGACUCCUCUGGCGUCGUCACUUGGCAGACAGGACAUCAAAAUCAUCCACGACACUGGCCAUUCCUCCGGAAAGCCUACGACUCCUCCAUUAUCAUUAUUCUCGAGUUCUUCAUGACACUAAUCAGCAACACCGGCUCCUCAAUAGCCCUCGAAGCAAGUGAUCAACUUCGAGUAUCACGCCAAACAGCACUUUUCUGCUUCACGACAGUAUAUCUUCUCGGACAGGCUUUUGGUGGCCUAAUCUUUCCACCGAUCUGUGAAUCUUUCGGCGGCAGGACGAUAUAUGUCAGCUCCACUUUUGGAUUCGCCAUGGCUUGCCUAUUGAUGGCUGCAUGGCCAACACUUCCGGUGAUCGUGAUCGGUCGCUUGUUCUCGGGAGCCAUGUCAGCCAUGCCCGCGGUCGUUGCAACCGGUUCUAUCGAGAACAUGUGGGCUAUUCAAGCCCGUACCUGGCUCAUUUAUCUUUGGAUCGCUGCAGCAGUCCUUGGUCUGGCUCUCGGUCCUCCUACAGCAACAUAUAUCGCGACCUCUGAAUACGGAUGGCCUUGGAUCUUCUACGCCUCCACAGUGAUCACCUUCAUCUUUGCACUUCUCUGUCUAGCAAUGCAGGAAUCACGACCGUCCCAGCUUCUCCGAGAGAAAGUCAAAGUUGUUUCUCGACAGACCAGCUGCUCGGAUCUCAGCAUCCAUGACAGAGAUUGUCCACCGAGCACGAGAGCUUUCUUUCGCGACGCAUUGCUCAUGCCGCUCCGCCUUUUCUUCACAGAGCCUAUUGUCUUUCUGACGUCAAUCAUGGCAGCUACGGUCUAUGGCGUAAGCUACCUUUUCUCUGAAGCACUUUCACAUAUCUACGUGGUUAGCUAUGGCUUCGACCAUCGACAAGCAUCAUUAGUGUUUCUAUUAAUCGGUGCCGGAGUCAUCUUCAGCAUUUUGCCCCGACUAUACGACACCCAUAUCACGAACAAGCGUCUCAAGCGGAACCAGACUAUCGAGCCUGAAGACAAGCUAUUCGGCUUUUAUAUCGCAGCUCCGAUGUUGGCGAUCGGCUUGUGGUGGUUCGCCUGGUCCGUUCCUCCUCUCGUCGAAGGCGUUUCGGCAUGGGUCUCGAUCGCCUCACUUUCUUUCUUUGGCUUUGCGGUCGUUGAGUUUGAUUGCGUGUUGUCUGGAUAUCUCACGGACGUGUAUGCGACUUAUGCUGCCUCUGCAAAUGCACCCAUGGCCUUCCUACGCGCAACAAUGUCGGGCACAUUUCCGUUGUUCGGAACUCAGAUGUUCAAGGGUUUGGGCAAUAACAGCGCUUUGUUCAUACUCGCGGGACUUGCUACGGCAUACUGCGGCAUUGCAGCAUUGUUUGGCGUGUUUGGAGCGUCGGUGCGGAGGAGAAGUCCCUUUGCUGAACUCACUUGGGCCACGGCUCAGGACGACUCUGGGGGUCUCAAUGAGAGGAAGCACACCAGAACAAACCAUCAGGACUCGCUGGACAAGGCUGAGCCGAUGGCAUGGAUCUGAAGAGAUUCUCAUAACCUAGCCUUGCCCAACUGAGCAGACCUUGCAUCU